CAUAUAUACUAUAUAUGUGUCGCUUUUCUCUUGUAUAAAUAUAGUUCCAUGUUAGCUUAACUGAAUUUCAUCGAUGUGCAUGUAUAGUAUCAGAGAGUAGAGAGAAUAUAAUACAAUCAAAUAAUGGAAAAGUUAAAUUUUGUGAAGAAGAAUGGGGUAAGUAGAAUGCCUCCUGGAUUCAGAUUCCAGCCAACGGAUGAAGAGCUUGUGUUUCAGUAUUUGAAAUGUAAGGUCUUCUCAUUCCCCUUGCCCGCUUCCAUGAUUCCUGACAUCAAUCUCUCCAACUAUGAUCCUUGGGAUUUGCCAGGAAAUUGUGAUGAACAUCAAGAGAUGUAUUUCUUCAGCAGCAAGGAACCCAAGUAUAGAAAUGGAAGCCGCAUGAACCGAACAACCACCUCUGGCUAUUGGAAGGCAACAGGAUCCGACAAAAGAAUCAUUUCAUCUUCUAAUAAUAGUGACGAUAAUAGCAUUCUUGGCAUUAGAAAAACCCUAGUGUUUUACCAAGGGAAAUCUCCCAAUGGCACUAGAACUCACUGGGUCUUGCAUGAAUAUCGCCUGGUUAGUACUACUCUACAUGCUAAUAACAAUGCUUGCGAUAUAGGAGAUUGGGUUCUGUGUCGCUUAUCGGUGAAGAAAAGGAGUGUUGGGAGUGGUAGUAUCAUCAUAAGCAAGAAAGCACGUUCUUCACCAUCUUCAUCCUCAUCUUCUUCCACUUCAAGUAAUAACGUCAUGGAAGUAUCUUCUUCAUAUGCUUCUUAAUAUCAACAAUGCACUUCCUCCU